AUGUUCGAGGGGAUCCAGAGGAGGUGCAGGGAAGGCAGCGUGAACCCCCCCGAGGUGGUGUAUGUGGACAGGGACUGCUGUGGCCCCAGUUAUGUGGGGAAAAAGUUCCCGUUCUGGAGUGCCACUCAGUUCCAGUGUGCCUGGAAACAGGUGCUGGACCCAUGUGACCUGAAGUGGAUCUCCAAGGCCCUCUUCUGUGUCAACCAGCAGGGAAAGCUGGAGAUGUGCUUCGACACCAUAGACCGGAUGUGGUACUUUGCUAGGCCCAUCUUUCUUUGGAUGCCAAAGAAGCUGUGGAGAGUUAGGUUGACGUGUCCUGGGGAAGACUGCGUUGGGCAGGAGUUGAUCUCCUCGGGCAUUUACAGGACGCUCCGCAGAGUCCUGACUCGACGUGGGGCACCGCCUCCAGUUUCCGUGCAUCUUCACCAGAAAGAUGGCCUGCGACCUGGAAGUGGUGAAGAUGCUGAGACAGCGUGGACUCUGGAACAGUGUUGCCAGACUCCGUCAGAACCUCGCGGAACUGCACAGAGAGGAGUACCUCAAGAGGACGGCGCACUACCUGAGCGACUGCCAGACCUUCAGCUCCGCCCAGAAGAAGGGACUGACGAUGAAGACGGUUUUCCCCUCCCCGCCCACGCCCAUCAAGAUGCCCUCCUGCCAGUGCCUGACUCGGUCUACUGCCAAGACGUGCUGUCGAGACUGGAUGAAGUCAAAGCUGGCAUCACCUCAGUCUACGGCCACAUCCUGAAGAUCGACUCGACCAAGAAGGUGGUGAGGAAGCUCCAGGGAGCCGCGUCCGAGACAGCCGCGUGGGCCACCAACGUGGGAAAUGAGCACGGCCAGGUGCUCAUCUCCGUCAUCACCGCCGGAGAGGGAGCUGGACUGGACGCCAUGUUCGAGGGAAUCCAGAGGAGGUACAGGGAAGCCAGCGUGAACCCGCCCGAGGUGGUGUAUGUGGACAGGGACUGCUGUGGCCCCAAUUAUGUGGGGAAGAAGUUCCCGUCCUGGAGUGCGACCCAGGUCAGAUUGGACAUCUGGGAUUUCAUGCGUCGCAUCUCCAGCGCCUGCACCACCGAGUCCCACGCCCUCUACCCCUUGUUCAUGAGACGACUGUCCGGCUGCAUUUUCCAGUGGAGUGAGGAGGACCUUACAGCCCUGAAGGAAGCGAAGGAGACACAGGCCUACAGCGCGGGAGUGACUGUUCGGGGGAAGGAACAGGACUGGCUGUCCAAGAAGGAGCUCGGCCUGCACUGCAGACGAACAACCAGGACCCCCGUCGAGAUAAGUCAGAGGAUCGAGGAGCUGAUCGACGUCUUCUCCGGGGAGCAGGGCCGAGACAUGCUGGGGACGCCACUCCUAGACGAGGACAAGGCCAGGGAUGUGUGGGACAGUCAGAUGCGGCACGUGGGAUGCAUACAGGACCCACCCAACGUCUCCCUGUACACCCAGACAGGGACCCUGAGGAAGGGCACCAAGACCCUGCCCACGUACCGCUGUGCCAGAGGUUCCACCUCCCUGGAAUCCUUCCACCUGCACCUGAACAGGUUCAUUCCCGGUACCAGUGCUAGCGACGUUAACUAUCAGGCGUUUCUCCUGGAGGGACUCUACAGGUGGAACCAGGACAGGGCUUCUCACGCCGUGGAAGUGGAGGCUCCGCUGUGUCACAGGUACAGCGGACUUCUACGCCACACUGUCAACCACUUGGCACAGACUGUCUUGGGGAACCCUUUAGACCCCGCCUUCCAUCAGCCCAGGGCCUACACGGGGGAGCUGAUCGGAGUUGAGUACUUGUACUCCCAGACAGGCAAGUCACUUCAGGUCGUUCCCGAGGAAGUGCGAGAGGAGGACCCCACACCAGAGGAGGAGGACCAGGACCACGACGAGGGAUUUGAGGAGGAAGAGGCAGAGGACGACCCCACACUACCCGAUCUCGACGUCCAGGGUGUAGCUGUGAGGCCGACCGGGAAGCCCUUGGCCAGCGCCGACCGACCACCAUCCAGCACUGCAAGGCCCCCAUCCAGCCCUAGGGUUGUCAGGCAACGCAGUGCUGUCAGGUCACCGGCCCGUGCCGAAGGGUCUACAGAGAGGCCGACACCCGCUGUCACCCUGGAGACCCCGCCGCCCACCCAGGAUCCACCAGCCCAGGACCCACCGACCCAGGACCCACCAGCCCAGGAAGACGAGACAGAAGAGGAACAGAUGUCGGAUCCCACGUCUGGUAUGCGGCAGGUGCACGACCUGGCUGACUUUUUGUUGCAGCUCAGGGAGUGCAGGACCUUGACCCGGACCCAGCAGGAUCAGCUGAUCUCCUUGUGGGAGAAGCUGGAGCCCCGGGACCAGAGGCCAGCUGUUUUCCAGGCCAGACCCAAGUCUUCUCCACCCAAAGGAAGGUUUAUGUCUUCAAAGACGGCCAUAUCACCCCCCAAAGCCGGUGUUGAGAAGACUAAGCGGUCCUUCGUGGGAACAGGAAGUGGGCCAGCCAGCUAUCCAGAUACCAAACGGUACAUGGAGAUGCUGGUGAGGAGGCUGAUGGAGGUUCACACCGGCCCAGUCAAGCGAGCCAACCAACAGACCCUGUCCAGAUGGAGCCUCAUCCUGACUUCCUACAACAGGAUCAGGGAGGUGGUGACAGAGGACCCCAGAGUGUCUGCGUUGACCAGCAUUCAACUGCUGCCCCUCAACCAGACAACUCUGAUACUCUGGGACAACAGAAGACAGAAGAAGAAGGAGGAACGGGUGCUGUCACAGGGAAUUGAGAUCUCUGAUCCCCCUAUGACAGCCCCUCCCCGCCGCCUUGACGAAGCCCGCCACCCUUGUGACCUCCAGAUCUUGGCCCAGCCCAUUCAGCCACCUGCCCCAGUCCCGAUACGAUAUUUGAUCACCGUUCCCCCCGAGGUGCCAGGGACUCAGCCCUCCUACCAGCAGCCUGAGUUCCCACCCCAGAAGUUGCCAAAGCGCGUGCCCGGUUCCACGGCCUGUUACAGACGCAAGGUCGACAAGAAGGAGGAGAUGGGAGAGUACGUUAACAAGUACGCCCCACGCCGUGGACCGAAUAGGUGCAGUAAGUGUAAGGAACCAAAGACUGCACCUAGGCACCGCCAGUACUUUGGCAACUGGUACUGCCAGGCCACCUCGGAGGAGAGCUACGCGGACUGGGUGCAAAGGAUGGUACAACGAGGCUACUCCAACAGGAAGAGGAAGAAACCCCCACCAGAUGCCCCACCAGACGACCAGGAACCCCCGCCAGAGGACCAGGAUCCACCUUGA